CAUUUGCCUAUAAGUACACGCAACACCAACAACAAUAGACACUCACAAUUCUUUUACCUUUAAUCAACAAAAAAAGAAAAACUUUAUUCCCUGAAAUCUUUUCUUUGCGUUUAACGAAAUUGCCAGUAUGAGUCCUGUGGCUGAGAACAAAUGGGUUAAGGUGUCGCAAAAAGGAGCAGGUCCUGGACCGAGAAGCUCACACGCACUCGCCGUCGUGGGGAACAAAGUCUAUUGCUUUGGCGGUGAGCUAAAGCCGACGAUCCCAAUCGACAACGAUCUGUACGUUUUCGAUCUCGAAACCCAAGAAUGGUCCAUUGCCCCAGCAACAGGAGACGCUCCUUUCCCCUGUUUCGGAGUCUCAAUGGUCCCAAUCGGAUCCACGAUCUACGUCUACGGUGGCCGCGACGACUCUCGGAGAUACAACGGCCUCUAUUCCUACGAGACUCUCACGAACAAAUGGGAAUUGCUAUCUCCCGUUGAGGAAGGUCUUCCCGGUCGUAGCUACCACUCCAUGGCCGGUGAUGAUCGGAAAGUUUACGUCUUUGGUGGGGUUACUGCCAAAGGCCGCGUGAACACGCUACACGCUUACGAUGUGGUUGAUCGGAAAUGGGUUGAGUAUCCGGCGGCUGGUGAAGCGUGUAAAGGGAGAGGAGCACCUGGGCUUGUGGUUGUGCAAGGGAAAGUUUGGGUUUUGUUUGGAUUUGACGGCAACGAAUUGGGUGAUAUCCAUUGCUUUGAUUUGGCUAGUGGGGAAUGGACCGCCGUGGAGACGACCGGGGAUGUACCUCCGGCGAGAAGCGUGUUUCCGGCGGUUUCUUCCGGGAAAUAUGUUGUGAUAUAUGGUGGGGAGGAAGAGCCGCAUGAGCUGAUGCAUAUGGGAGCUGGGAAGUUAUCUGGAGAUCUUUACAAGUUUGAUACAGAGACAUUGGUUUGGGAGAAGAUUGUGGAUGGGACUGAGGAGGAGAAGAAGCCGAGCCCACGCGGGUGGUGUGCGUUUGCGGCCGUGGUCAAGAAUGGUGAGGAAGGCUUGCUUGUUCACGGUGGGAAUUCUCCGACCAACGAGCGGCUUGAUGAUUUGGUGUUUUGGAGUUUCUCGUCUUAAUUUCAAUCAAUAAGUUACUUGGUGUCUUUUCGUUUGUAAACUGCUUAGUGUGCCAGUGUGUGUUAAGGAGGUAUGUGGUGAUGAUAUGUAGUUGCUAAGUGUCUCUGGUUAAGGAGGUGUGUGGUGAGAAUUUGCUACCUAUUCCAAAUAUUUUAUCAAGUUUGGUUGUUUUGGUAAUUUAAUAAAGAUCUUGUUGAAAACUAAAG